AUGGAGCCCUCUACUAAUCCACGAUGCCAACCAAUUCCACCGUUGGCUGAGACUGUGAACUCUGAAACUACAGUAACCGAAGAAUCCACGAAACCCGACGUCUUCAGUUCAAUGGGAACUUGGGAGGAUUUUGGAAAGGAGAAUCAAAUAAAGUUCACCAAAACCAAGAGGAAGAAAAUUCCACGUCUUCAGGAGGAUUCGCAGUGGAAAGAACCGAAGAUUUGUGACAUUGAAUUGGUACCGAAUCCAUUUCGAGCAACGUUUUCUGGAUGGAAGUCAUCUGAAGAGAAGAAAAAGAUGCAACGAGUCUGCUUUAAUCCAGUACUUUCAGUUCAUUACUAUUAUUAA